UGAUCUAUGAUUCUGCCGCAUAAGCAAAAAUUUGCGGCUCUGUUUCCUAACCUCGUCUAACCUCUAAUAACCUCAUUCAGCAGGUGAUUAUAUAUUCGACGUGCUUCGGCGUUUGACAUAUGCUACCAUCGUCAGAAUGGUCCUCUUGGAGAACGACGCGUUCUUAGCGGAAUUAACCAAACUCUUUGACAAAUCGCGUCUCUCGGGCGCGGUGUCGCUCACCAUUAAAAGAUUUAAUGGACAUAAUAAGCCGGUGCCUAGAGAAGGUAGACCUCCUUUACCAAAUCCUACAGAGUACCUUUGCCUAGUCCGAGCAACGCUUCGUAAUAAAAAAAUUUCUACGGUUAUCCAUUCCAAGGAUGUAAACAAGUUCCAGCAGGCAUAUUGGAAUCUCUUGAAAACGAAUAUAAGUGGUCUGAAGAAAUUGAAGAAGACGAAAUCGGCAAAGCCGAAAGUUCACUGACCUAGCGAAGAUUAAUUGCGCGACUGUUGUUUAUUUCUUUGUUAUUAUAAAACUUUCAUACUGUGUUCGCCAUAUAUUUAUCAACUCGUCUACUGUAUAAGCCAACGAGGAAGGCAAGUUUUAUGCAACAUUUUGUAUAGAUUGAUGUAUAAAAGGUUAAUAAUACUGUUAUGAAAGUAUGCUCAUAUGCAGAUGCUAAUAUAUAAUCGUGCACAGUUUCACAAAUUUUGUAAUGAUAAAAGCAGUAAGAGAUUUAGUAUUAUUAUUAAGAAUUUGGACCAGAUAAUCGUGAAGCAUAAUUUAACAUAAUUAUACACCAUAACCAUUUAUAUUGGUUAUAUAACCAACGAAUAUGAAAUGUAAGAGAUAAUAUCUUAAUAUUUUUUCCUUCAAUCCUAUUGUCAGAAGCAUGAUCUCUCAGCAUAUUUCUGUGUACAUUUCUAAAAUUUACACAGAUAACAUCAUCUUUAAACGUUGGUUCUGAAUGGUUAGAUUAGAGAAAUUCUCAUUGCAAGAUAUUCUUGGUGGUGAUUUGUCAUUGCUUUGUGAGACAACGAUCAAAUAAAAAUCAUACAUUUCUGAUUUAAA